GAAGUUGCCGAAGUUGGGCCGCGAGCGGCGCGUCCUUCCUGCGCUCCGGCCGGUGCAUGAUGGAAGCAGCAUGGCCGCCCACCUCUCCCUGACACAGCUAUCAAGUGCAAAUGCUGUGUAUGAGAAAUUCUAUCGACAGGUUGAUUCUGCUAACACUGGAAGAGUGUUAGCUUCUGAUGCAGCUGUUUUCUUGAAAAAGUCUGGAUUGACAGAUUUGGUGCUUGGAAAGAUUUGGGACUUAGCUGAUACUGAUGGCAAAGGUAUCCUGAACAAACAGGAAUUUUUUGUGGCUUUGCGACUUGUAGCAUGUGCACAGAAUGGAUUGGAUGUUUCCCUGAGCAGUCUUAACUUGCCUGUUCCCCCACCAAGAUUUACUGAUACCAGUAGUCCUUUGCUACUCAGUGGAGCAGCAUCAGCUGACGUACCAUGGGCUGUUAAGCUUGAAGACAAGGCCAAGUAUGAUGCUAUUUUUGAUAGUCUCAAUCCUGUGAAUGGACUCUUGUCAGGUGAUAAGGUGAAACCUGUGCUCCUUAACUCAAAACUACCAGUGGAUAUCUUAGGACGGGUGUGGGAAUUAAGUGAUAUUGACCGUGAUGGGAUGUUGGAUCGAGAUGAGUUUGCGGUUGCCAUGUUCUUGGUGUACUGCGCUCUGGAGAAGGAACCAGUGCCAAUGUCCCUGCCUGCUGCUUUGGUGCCACCAUCCAAGCGAAAACCUGUUAGUGUUCCAGGAGCAAUGCCAUUAAUUCCAUCUUCACUGUCUGCUAAAGAGUCUCAUCAAUCCUUGCCACCUGUAGGUGUUUUACCUGCCAAAACACCAUUAACACAGUGGGUUGUAUCUCCUACAGACAAAAUGAAGUAUGAUGAGAUCUUUGUGAAAACUGACAAAGACAUGGAUGGCUUUGUGUCGGGUGUGGAAGCCAGAGAACUGUUCUUGAAGACGGGGCUGCCUUCUGCUCUGCUUGCCCAUAUCUGGGCUCUCUGUGACACAAAAGACUGUGGAAAACUUUCAAAAGAACAGUUUGCCUUGGCUUUCUAUUUAAUUAAUCAGAAGUUAUCAAAGGGCAUCGACCCACCUCAGGCUCUGACUCCAGAGAUGAUUCCACCUUCCGACAGGGGUGUCGGUUUACAGAAGAGCACUCAAGGACUGAGUUCUGUAGCAGACUUUUCUGCAAUUAAGGAACUUGAUACAUUAAACAAUGAAAUAGUAGACCUGCAGAGGGAAAAGAAUAAUGUAGAGCAAGACCUGAAGGAGAAAGAAGAUGCCAUCAAACAGAGGACAAGUGAGGUUCAGGAUCUACAAGAUGAAGUGAAACGGGAGAGCAGUAAUUUGCAAAAGCUGCAAGCUCAGAAACAGGAAGCCCAGGAAAUCCUUAAUGAUCUUGAUGAGCAGAAGGCUAAGCUGGAAGAGCAACUUAAUGAUAUAAGGCAGAAGUGUGCAGAGGAGGCCCAUUUGAUUGCUGUGCUGAAGGGUGAAAUUACAAGUCAAGAAUCAAAAAUUUCAGCCUAUGAAGAUGAACUAACCAAAGCUCAAGAGGAGCUGAGUCGCCUGCAGCAAGAAACUGCAGAGCUUGAGCACUGCAUAGAGUCUGGGAAAGCACAGCUGGGACCUCUUCAGCAACAUCUGCAAGAUUCACAACAGGAAAUCAAUUUAGUGCAGGCAAAACUUCUUGAGCUGAAAGAGUUGGAAAAGAACCAAUUCAGUUGGCACUCCCAGCCAAACAAUAUUCUUGUUAAUGGAACUGCAGAUCACUCUAGUCUUAGCAACAGCAGCAGUGAAACUGCUAACCUUAAUGAUAAUGCUGAAAGGGAAAGUUUAGCAGAAGAUGAACAAAUAAGCAAUGCGGCUCCAAUAAGAAAUAGUCCUGAAACAACAGAAGCUAUUGUGGAAGAAAAAAAAGAAACCCCAGCUGCAACUGUUACAAAACAAGAAGAUCCAUUCGAUGCUGAAUCUCAUCCAUUACCUGACCUAGUUUCUGAAGCCAGCUUAGACUUCUUCCAGUCUGACCCUUUUGUUGGCAGUGAUCCCUUCAAAGAUGACCCUUUUGGGAAAAUUGAUCCUUUUGGAGGUGAUCCUUUCAAAGGCUCAGAUCCUUUUGCAGCUGACUGUUUUUUCAAGCAAUCCUCCACUGAUCCAUUUGUAGCUGCAGGCACUGAUCCAUUUAGCGCUGCAAGCAACAGCAGCCUCACAACAGAAUCACUGAAGAAAAAUGACCCUUUUGCUCCUGGUGGAACGACUGUUACGACAUCAAACGAUCUAGCUACAGACCCCUUUGCAUCUCUGUUUGGAAAUGAAUCAUUUGGAAGCAGCUUUGCUGACUUCAGCAUGUUGUCCAAGGCCAACAACGAAGAUCCCUUUAGUUCUUCUGCAUCAGGUUCUGUCAACAAUGUGAUCGUAACUAAAAACGUAUUUGAGGAAUCACCAGACAAAAAUGAGGAUGUUCCUCCUGCACUGCCACCUAAAACAGGAACUCCCACAAGGCCGUGUCCACCACCACCUGGGAAAAGACCUAUCAAUCAAAUAGACUCUUCAGAUUCCUUUAAAUCGACCGAUCCAUUUCAGCCUUUCCCUACCCCAGACAUUCCCAAAGAACAAGAAGCAGAUCUAUUCUGUGAUCCAUUUGCUCCCACCAGCAUCAGUAAAGAGGCUGACCCCAACAAUUUUGCAAACUUCAGUACUUAUUCUACUGAGGAAGACAUGAUUGAAUGGGCUAAGAGGGAAAGUGAGAGAGAAGAGAAAGAAAGACUUGCAAGAUUAAAGCAGCAAGAGCAAGAGGAUUUGGAACUGGCUAUUGCACUCAGUAAAUCUGAAAUAUCAGAAGCAUGAAGUCUAGAAUAAGAUUGCGUCUUAUAUCAGCUGUUUUGUCUCUUUUCCUGAAUACUUAACCUAUUUAAAUGUUAAUCAGAAGUAACAUAUAUACAGGAUGCAAGAAAAUAUGAAAGGUUUUAAACUUCUGAAAGUGGUUGAACACUUUUUUCCCAUGCUGACUUGUAAUUUCCUUAAAUUUCAUUAACUUUAUCAAACAACUAGUAUCAUACUGCUCUAGUAUGUAUACUUUUGAUCUUCUUGCCUGUGCUAUUUUUAUGCUGCAAACCAAGCACACCAAAGUAUCUGUUUAACAGAAAGAGUGUCUGCAGAUCAUCUUUAGGAUCACUGAUUGUCAUUCUAAUCAUGCAUGAAAAGAUUUUCGUGAGCAUUUGUUACCACAAAUCCUGAAAUUCAAAGAUGAGAAAACAUUGUCCCAAUCAAGUUCCUUCAGAAAGAAUGCUGGUGAAAGUAGCACAGUACCGAAGAUGAAACCUCCAUGGCCAUGUUUUUGUAUUUAGAUUGUUCUUUUAUGGCUUUGUUUCCUUUUAGGUCUAUUUGGCAGAUUUUUAGUUACAAGAUGUUAACUGAGAACACCUGUUUGGUUUUUGAACUGUCUAAUAAGAAUGUUAUAUAGCUUAUUCUUAUCGAAUAUCUUUUAAAGAUGUGUGAAUGUUUCUGCUGAAUUCAAUUUUCUGCUUAUUGUUUAAAUAACUGCUUAUUUUAGUAUUUAAAUUCUCAUGUUUUCAGAAAAAUCAAGCACAUUUCCCACCUGUAAGUCAGCUCGAAAUGCAGGUAGUGAGAUAGUUGUUUGACUGUAAUUGGUCAGGAGCUGCAAAUUGAGCAAAAAGUGGCAUAAAGCAAUUGUUCUGCCAUGGCUGACACUCUCUCAUUAAGCAGUUAGUUAUUUAAAACCUUUUGUACUUCUAAGGAAAUCUUAGUAAUGCCAGAGUUGUAGAGUGCUUUAUUUUAUAUGUAUGCAUAUAUAUUUUUCUCAUUAAUGAAGGUUCUACUGUUGGACUUGAAAUAAUAAUUUUUAUGGCAUCUAAAUGGGAAAGACUGCAUCUUACUGAAACCUUUUUCUUGCUUUUCUUGCAUGGUUUUAGGUUUUAAGACAGUCAGAUACUGUUUUAUAAAGCAACUAAAUUGAAGAUUUAUGUGCAUUUCUUGUUGGCAAGAUGACUGUCAAAUUAUGAGGCCCCACUGCUAUUUGAGCCACUUUUGCCUAUGAAAUAUGCAGCUGAACUGGCAAAAUAGUAAGUUGAAUCUGAAAUACGAUUAAGAAUAGAAAGAAUACAUGUAGAGUUUUUUUUACAACUUUUUUUUUCUGUUUGUGUAAUUUAUUGAAUGCCAAUUGAUAGUUGCACCUUAAAAACUGAAUGAUGAUUUCUUUAUGGUCACUGAGUCAAAAUAAGAUUGAUAGAAUGUUAAUGAAAAUAACUUAAUGAAAGUAACUUAUUAUUCAUUUUACGAGAACUCCAAUCUGGAGAAUCAGUUUCACAAGAGCAGCUCCAAAAAGGAUCAUCUUUUGCCCUAUUUAAGAACAUUUGUAUGGCAGCAGCAUAAACCUUUAGGAUUUUUUUUUCUUGCACUUUUGACUUGUAAAAUUUCUGCUGAGGAAACAGAAAAAUUUCAAGACCCAACUCUUUGGGGGGUGAGGAGUAGGGAAGUACUGGGCCUUGUUUUCAUGUAUUUAAUCUCUUCCAGUUACCUACCAGUGCUGCUGCUGCAAGAAUCUUGAGAGUAGUUCUCAGUUUUUCAGGAAAAUGGGUAACUUGACUUGGACAAUUUUCUUUUGCACUGGGAAAUGAGCAUUUAAACAUCUGCUCUAAAAAGUAACAAAACUUUUGCAAGUAUUAUAACUUAUCUAUACAUCUUUGUAAUGAGUGUACACUAAUCUUGCAAAUUGUAUGCUUAACUGGAUUACAUAGUUUCUUAUCUUUUGUUAAAAAUGUAUACUCAGUGGACCAACACAAUAUUAUAUGUAUAUAUUAUAUAUAUAUAUAUAUUCUUUCCUUUCCUUUAUGGAAUUUAAAGUUUUGAGUCAUUUGAUGUUACAUUUCAUGUUACUGACUCUGACUAUAAUACUUCUACUCAGACUACCAAUAAACCACUGCUGUGAGCUAAAUGG